UUACAUUUUAGUCCCCUCCAUAUAUAUAACUUUAACUAAACACUCCCACACACCGUGAAUCCACCCAGAAUCCCAGAUAGACGGCACAAACACACAAACAGACACAGUCGCAGGUCGCACCCAAAAUGUUUCUGCGGAAAUUCGCACGGGCAUCAUCACUAAUGAUGAUGUCAAAAGUGAAAGAGACAACAGGGAUCGUGGGUCUUGAGGUUGUUCCAAACGCGCGUGAAGUCUUAAUCGGUCUAUACAACAAAACCCUAACCGAGAUCAAGCGUGUUCCUGAAGACGAAGGUUAUCGUAAAGCUGUCGAAAGCUUCACGCGCCACAGACUCACUGUCUGUGAAGAGGAACAAGACUGGGAAGCUAUCGAAAAGCGGCUCGGCUGCGGUCAAGUUGAGGAAUUGAUUGAAGAGGCUCAGGAUGAACUUAAACUUAUUGAUAAAAUGAUCGAAUGGGACCCAUGGGGUGUAGACGAUGAUUAUGAAUGUGAAAUAUUACAUAACGAUGCACCAGUUCCAAAACACGUGCCACUGCACCGACCUGGUCCGCUACCUGAGGAGUUCUACAAGACCUUGGAAGCUGUCACCAAGAGUGGGAAGUUGGAGCCAAAGAAGGAUGAGUCAACAAAUCCCGUGAGUUCACAGUGAGGGACGGUAAAAGUUUUAUGGUUGCUUUUUACUGGGAAAUUUUUUUGUAUUUUACUUGUGUCACCAACCUUGGCUUUGGUUUGUCAAAUGAUUUUAAUCUUCCCCUACUUGAUUUAGGAGGUUAAUAAGCUCGAACUCAGUUGUUGUUUUUAUGGGUUCUAAGAAAAGUUACCUAUAUAUGAUUGAUGGGUUAA